ACCUCAGCUUCUCCCCGCCUGGGGCCGCCGCCGCCGCACCAGUGGUGGCUCCACAUUUCUAAAAGGGGCCCUCCGACGCUUCACUGGGCCAGUCUGGUGCUGAGUCGCGGAGCUCCGCACAACUUCCGCUGGUCUCUAAACGGGAUCCCUCCUCCCCAGAGUUGCGGGCAACUUUCCCCUCUCCCUGGCGCCGCGGUGGCUUGGGGACCGUGGCCGCCGCAGGUAGCUGAACUCCGGGCCACGCUCCCCGCGUCUCGGCUGAGCGCACACGCAGGUCGCUCUCUGCACGCUGGGGGUCCCCAAGCUCGGCUUUGCGGGCGGGAUGCCCUUAGGACAUAUCAUGAGGCUGGAUCUAGAGAAAAUCGCCCUGGAGUACAUCGUGCCCUGUCUGCACGAGGUCGGCUUCUGCUACCUGGAUAACUUCCUGGGCGAGGUGGUGGGCGACUGCGUCCUGGAGCGCGUGAAGCAGCUGCACUGCAACGGGGCCCUGCGGGACGGCCAGCUGGCCGGGCCCCGCGCCGGCGUCUCCAAGCGGCACCUGCGGGGUGAUCAGAUCACGUGGAUCGGGGGCAACGAGGAAGGCUGUGAGGCCAUCAAUUACCUCCUGUCCCUCAUCGAUAGGCUGGUCUUGUACUGCGGGAGCCGGCUGGGCAAAUACUACGUCAAGGAAAGGUCCAAGGCGAUGGUGGCUUGUUACCCAGGAAAUGGAACAGGCUAUGUUCGACAUGUGGACAACCCCAACGGUGACGGCCGCUGUAUCACCUGCAUCUACUAUCUGAACAAGAACUGGGAUGCCAAGCGACAUGGCGGAGUCCUGCGGAUAUUUCCAGAAGGGAAAUCAUUCAUAGCGGACGUGGAGCCCAUUUUUGACAGACUGUUGUUCUUCUGGUCAGACCGCAGGAACCCACAUGAAGUCCAGCCCUCCUAUGCGACCAGAUACGCCAUGACUGUUUGGUACUUUGAUGCUGAAGAAAGGGCAGAAGCCAAAAAGAAAUUCAGGAAUUUAACUAGGAAGACUGAACCUGCCCUUACUGAGGACUGACCCUGCUCUGAAAUCCGCUGGCCUCAUUCACUUUUAGUAACAGUUUCUGAAUUUGCUUUAAGAGUUGAGAUCCAAAGAAGGCCUCUUCUUCAGUGACUCGGUGACAAGGAACCCCCUCCCCCGCCCCCCACUGCUUGCAUCACUCAGAUCCCUGUCUCGUGUAUGGUACUUUGUGUUUUCUUGCCAAGACUGCACCUACCUUCAGACACUCUUUUUGCCAGAUGAACUCAUUUGCUAACUCCAGAAAUACCUGCAGACAACCUAGCUGGCCAGCGGUUUAAUUGUUAGAUUUGGUAAUCCUGGCUAUCAAAGCAAGAACCUGAAAACACGGGCGAGGGACUGAGUCUUACUUGCACUUUAUGUACACUUUCUAAUUUGAAAGGAGGAGGUUUGCAAAGAAAGAAAAUGGUGACAGGUGCCACAGAGAGGCAUCACUGAAGCCUUAACACAGGAAACAAAUGUGUGUCAUCUGAACAAUUUCCAGGUGUUCCUAAUCCUGGGCUAUUGGGGUUUCUGGAGAAUUAUCACAACCUAAUGACAUUAUUACCUCUAGAACAGGCUGCUGUUUUAGUAAUCAAUUUCUAAGUAUCCUGUGGGUGGACACUCCCUUUUCCUGGUCCUGCAACCUGGACUUGCUGCCUCUGCCCCAUCUUGCUGAAAUACAACUUUCUGAUCAAAGAUGACACCAUUUAUUUUCUAUUUUCACUUCUUACAUAGAGAACCUAAUUCAUUAAUUAUUUUGGUUGCUUUGUUGAAAUACAAUUUGAAUUUAAAUCAAAGGGGGAAAAAAACCUUCCUGGUAGUUCAGAGCCAACAACCUCUGAUAAUGGUGUCAAAAAACCUGGGUCUGCUGAUAUAUAAUAAACGUGUGCAUUUUAAACAAUUUGAGAUUGGAGAUGGAGUUGGAAAUGUAGGCAUUCCUGUUUUUCACUUUUCGUUUUUAGUGACCUCACUCUUCUCUAAUGACACAAGAAAAUCACAAAAACUAGGCUGUAUUCUAAAAAAGGUAAUGGAAAAUAAAACAAAAAAUCCUGGAAAGCUACUUGAGUUCUUCCACAUUUUCUGACCCUGGUAGCCUCUUCGACACUUGACUCUCCAGAUCUUCUGUGGUUGGCAGUGUGGCCAGAAUCAUGGAAUUUGCUAGAAUUGUGGGAAAUUCUCUAGCAGUAAACACAGAUUCCAAUGCCUCACAAAUUCUGUAUGGAGCUCCUCUUUUAUGAAAGUUACUCUGCUUAAUUUUCAAUUCCACUUUCAUAUUUUUAAAACCCCUGUAAUUUCUUGCUUGAAAAUCCCAUGAACAUUAAGGGGCCAGAAAUAUUUUCUUUUCUCACUGACAGGCACAUAGACUUUCCAAGGAAAAAGCAUAUUUUUGUGCGUGUCCGGUUUGGGAAAUUUUCCAAAUAAGAAUUGUCUUCAUUCUCACAAUUGCUCUAUUUUUUUUUUCCCCUGUAGUACUCAUUACCUUCUAACUUACUAUGUAAAUUAUUUAUUAUGUUCAUUGUCUGGUAUCCUUCCUCUAGAGUGUAAGCACAAUGAAGACAGGGAUUUUGUAUUUUUUAAUCAAUGGAAUGUAUUCCUAGCACAUAAAAUAGUGCUUGGCAUAUAGUAAGGGCUCAGUAAAUACUUGUUGAAUAAACUCGUUCUCCUGCCUUA